AGCUGUUAACUUUGACAGUGCAGGAUUCAUCCUUUUCUCCAUCAGUCUGACCUCUGCCCAGCAUUCUUAGGGCAGAACUAGCAUCAUGACCCCACCAUGUGGUAGUUGUGGCUUUGACCAAUCUGCCUUAAACGACCUGGGAGUCUACAAAUUAAAUGAUUGAUAUUAUACACUACAAAUCCAUUUUUAAAGUGCUGUUUCUGGAGAUUAAAUUCAUCGAUAAAGCAAAUGUUGAGCAAGCAUAUUUGGUUACAAUAAUUUGAAAUCACAAAUCAUUUCACCAAUCAAGAUGCUUGAAAGGAUUUUAACAAUGGCUAUGUUUAGUGGUCUGGGCCAUAUACGUGCAGAAGUCGAAUGGUAAAUUUGUAGUGCCAGUUCUUGUACAUCCCCAAUUUUCACCAUUCUCUUAGUAAACAUAAUUCACUGACAUGCAUCAUCAGACAGUGAGUUGCCCAUUGAAGAAGGGUUCUGACCAGAAAUGUCACCUAUCCAUGUUCUCCAGAGAUGUUGCCUGACCCGCGGAGUUACUCCAGCACACUGUCUUAUUUUGUAUACCAGCAUCUGCAGUUCCUUGUUUCUAGUUUUCUGCUACAUGGGAGACAGAAAAUCAGAGGGAUAAGUGAACUCUAGUGUAUAUAGUGUUUGGUAUUUUCAAAGUGCACCUUUUGUUUUCUUAGAUCUGCUGCCUGUAGAAACUUGGGUAAAAAAAAAUCAACUUAAAGGAUCGAGGAUAAUAAGUGAAAAUUAGAAAAUUAUUUGCGUCUAAAAGUACCUUAAAGAUCUACCAAAGUUUUGGAAAUUCAAUCUACCACUAAAUUUUCUUAUUAUUUUCAUCUGCAGAAAUACAUCAAGAGUAAAGAGGAUGCUUUGGAUGAGAAUCAUACUGUGAAAAUUAGUUGCUUGCUGGUUAAUUCUGCAGUGACUUUACUGCCAAAUCUGGAGCUAUGGACUGCUACAGCUUCACCGAUGAAAGCUCUCUCCAAACCGACAUGCAUCUGCCUUUGCUAUCAGACAGUGAGUUGCCCAUUGCAAGUAAUAUCCAGAGACAAGAAUUCAUCUCAGAUCCUGAUGAUAUUAUUUAUGCAGGAAUGACAAAUAUAGAACUUGAUUCUAACCUGGAGACUGCAGAAAUUCCUGGCGAUCCAUUUGCAGACAAUUUAGAUCUCUCCCUGUACACUGUAGACAAGGGAUGUGACUCCCCAAAGGUUCCCAGUGACUCCACGGAUACUGAUUCUCCGCCCAUGUUGCUAGGUAUUAGUCCCCUCCCACAAAAAAACACCCCUGAGAAAAGCAUUACUAAAAGUGAAAGGAAAUACGGGGGUGUUCAGAAAAGAAGGCGCCUCUCUGCAAGACAUUCUCCACAGCAAGCAUUCCAGGAGUGCAGCCAGUGUGGAAAGUCAUUCAGCAGUGCCAGUGCCCUGAGCAAACACUACCUGACGCACAGUCACGAACGCCGGCAUGUCUGCAGGAUCUGCAGUAAAGCCUUUAAGAGACAAGACCAUUUAUCUGGGCACCUACUAACACACCAAAAAACUAAACCAUAUGGUUGUAUGGAGCAUGGAUGUGACAAGAGCUAUUGUGACUCGAGAUCCCUGCGCCGUCACUAUGAAGUGCAGCACGGCUUGUACUGUCAGAGGGAGCCCUUUCCUGACAGCAGCUCCAAAGACCUGGAUACAGCAGAGAGCAUAUUGUUCCCACAGACCGGACAUACUCAGGCCCUUCAGUGUGAUGUGGGAAUAACGCAGAGGUCCACACAACAAAUGGAAUCUCUUCCACAGAGGUCCUCUUUGCUUAAUAGAGAACUGCUGAGACCUCUGAUGAGUAGCGUAUGCCAGAAGGCAGCAGGUGAAACCGAAACCAGCGCAAGCAAUGUUACCUUGCACUAUCCCACGCAAACUCACACUACAGCAAGUGUGCUUACCAGUCCAACUAUAUGUUUAUCUGAAAGAUCAGGGACUGUUAGACAAACCAAAUAUAGAUUACUGCAAAAAGAGCAGUCUUCUGGUUUAAAUUGUAACACAACUGAUCCAUUUAACAGAGUAAACACUUCCCAUUUUUCUGUCACAAACCCCACUGUGUCUUGUAUAGAAAGUUUAGAUUCUUAUGUCCUGGACUCAGUAAUUCCCAGUAGAACCUUACAGCCUGCCCAGUAUACGUUAGAGUCGGCAAGACCUGCAAGUUGGCCACAGGCUGUGAGCUCAAAUCAUACACUAUCAAGAAAUGAAACCAUUUCCACCAGGCAGCAAGCAAAUCAAGAUCUUGUAUGGACCAACAACUUGGCCACCUACAGUGGCAGCAAAGGAACAUACUCCUAUAUUGUUCCCAAUUCCCAGCCUUCUGAAGAGGUUUCUGCUACUUUUUCAAGUGGAGCUUUGCAUAAACUCGACUCGUUUGCUCAGGCCUUCACAAGACAGAAUCUGGAUAUUCAGUCAAAUUCCGUUGUUGCAAAGACCCCAGGUGAAAAUUCAGCAGCUUCUGAAAUUGAUGCUUGCGGAAAUGUUUUCAGACAGAUCUUGAGUUAUAAAGCAAAUUUAAACCAGUGGCAAGCAUUUCCUGAACAGAAACAUCAAAUACUGCAGGAACAAUACUCUCUCCACCAGCAGCAUCAACAGCAGAUAGCAACUUCACUCUUUACACAAGUCUACAUGGGCGAUCAGGAUGCCUCCCCUAUGCAGAGCCAAGACCAAUUCCAAAACCAUAUGCUCCAGCUGAUCUCUGAUACCCAAUACAAUCUAUCUCAAUCCCAAAAUUCGGGUGAAGAUAUUUACAGUCUCUGCAGCAUUCCACAAGAGGAAGAUGGACCUUCAUCAGUGCUGUGCAAAGACCUGGUGAGUAGCAGCAUGACAGAAAGUUUGGAAGAAAAUGGGGAAAACUUCCAGUGUGAAAGAUGUCAAGGCGUUUUCCAUUUUCUGAAAGGACUAAACUGCCACAGUUGUCCACGGGAAGGAUUGGGCAAACAGCAUUCAUUGGAAGAUAACAUUAAGCCACAAAAGGUGAUUGAUAAUGGCAUUGAGAAAAUGGAUCAUGGUGGAUUGUUUUUUCAGUAUCUAGAGGAUAAGCUCAGUGCUUUUCUGCUCAAGAAGCCGCUGGAGGAAAGUGUGGCAGCGCCUUUGGUGAUCCCAGUGUCUGUACCUGUGAAAACCUCUGGGCUUGCAAGAGAUAGCAAAGUCGAAGGUUCACCUGUUAGAUCAAAGAAGUUAACUGCCACAAGACGGACCUCAAAUGACAGUUGUGUCCAGGUCCAUGAAACCGGCAAAUCAUCAAGCAUGAACUGCAGAGGCCACUCCAAAAAACAGCGAAGAAAACGAUGUCGCCCAGAGCCGCUCUUUAUCCCAUCCCCAUCUUCCAGCCAGACUGGGGCCCUGCCAGGGAUGAUAUUGUACCAGAGUCACAUGCGUUCUCCUGUUUGCUUAGCUGAUCACCUUUUAGAGAACUUCCAACCUCCCCCCUACACGCCUCCCCCCAUGUUGAGUCCCAUCCGCCAUGGCUCAGGUCUCUACUUCAACAGGAUCUGUUCCCUGCCAGGGAGCUGGGCACCAUACAGUGCAUACACUGCCAGAGGAAUCCCAGGCAGUGUCGUAGAUGUUGUCGAUGGAAUCUGUGGCAUCUCUAUGGUUAAAGAUGAUUCGAUAAUUUUCAUAGAACCGCAUAUUAACAUUGGGACGCGGUUCCAGGCUGAGAUUCCCCUGCUGCAAGACAAAUCUUUAGUUGAAGAUAGUGUCCACCUAGCAGACCUGGUCUGGAAACCAUGGGAAGACAUUGAAACCAGUAAAGUCACUCAAGCAAGAGUGACAGACCUUUUGAACCUAGCUUGUUCGAGUGCACUGCCAGGAGGAGGCACCAAUUUGGAGCUGGCCCUGCACUGCCUACAUGACACUCGUGGAGAUAUCUUGGCUGGUCUGGAUAUAUUACUGAUGAAAGAUGCAAGACGGGACCUUGCACAUCCUCUGGGAGAUUAUCACUACACGGGGACUGAGAAGUGGACCACAGCUGAGAAAAAGAUGUUCAAUAAAGCAAUUUGCCUUUACAACAAGGAUUUCUUCCUGAUGCAGAAGAUGAUAAAACACAAGACUGUGGCUCAAUGUGUAGAGUAUUACUACACCUGGAAGAAGCAGCUAAAAUUUGAGUGGAAGAGAUCACGUCUGCUGCAGGAAGAGGAAAUAAAACGUGAAACUGACAGUGCUGGAGAUGGAAAGGAAUUCAAAAAGCCGUCAUGCUUAGCUUCACAGAAUCUGAGCGCUCCUUACCAGAGAAGCGCAAACCGGGAGAACACAAGGAAGAAGGUGGUUCGUGCUAAGUCCAGCUCGUCCCCAUCUGUUCAGUGUCCGGCAGGAGUCCAGGACAAGAACGAGAAAAAACCCACCAUCGGCAAUUUCCCGUGUAAAGAAUGCAGCAAAGUAUUUGAUAAAGUGAAAAGUCGGAAUGCUCACAUGAAAUGCCACAGGCAACAGGAAGAGCAAGAACGACAGGCGGAGAUGAAGCGAUCGAGAAUACGUUUGAAGGCUGAGAUAAAGGAGGAACCAGUGGAGACUGUUGUGGUCUUCAAUCCAAACAAUCUACAGAACAUCAGCACACCUUAG